AUGAAUAGAAGCAAAAGCAGAGCUGCCGCCAGCGAGAAGGGUAACAAAAAGGAUGUCGAGGUGGACUCCGAAUCAGACUCGGAUGAGCUUUCGUCGGAGGAUCAGACCUGGAUUCAGUGGUUUUGCAGUCUCAAGGGCAACGAAUUUUUUGUAGAGGUGGACGAGGACUACAUCCAGGACGACUUCAACCUCACGGGUCUGCGGAGUAUCGUCUCCAACUAUGACUAUGCUCUGGACAUGAUUCUCGAUGCUGAAUCUGAUGAGGCCCUCACCGAGGAGCAACAGGACAGCAUAGAAUCUGCAGCGGAGAUGCUGUACGGCCUCAUUCACGCGCGGUACAUCCUCACCAACCGCGGACUGGCGUCGAUGGUGGACAAGUACAACGCCAUGGAGUUUGGCCGCUGCCCACGAGUCUACUGCCAGGGCCAGGCCGUCCUGCCCGUCGGCCAGUCCGACAUCCCGCGCAUGAACACCGUCAAGCUCUUCUGCCCGCGCUGCGAAGACAUCUACUACCCCAAGCUCUCUCGCCACAACCAGAUCGAUGGUGCCUACUUCGGCAGCACGUUCCCGCACCUGCUGCUUCAGAUGUACCCCGAGUUCAUCCCGCCCAAGCCCACCAUCUCCUACGUGCCCAGGAUCUACGGUUUCAAGAUUCACAAGAGCGCCAGGUCGAGGAUCGAAACUCUCUCCAACAACACAAACUCAGGCGCUACGGCCGGCGCGAGGAAGAUGGAGGAGUGA